AUGCCCAGACAAAAGGAGACGCGUAAGCCCACCAAAGAACCCGUCAAGAAGAAGGACGUUAAAGUGGACAAGACAUCAAAACUAGAUUGCCCGCCUCUGGGUCUGGAGUCUCUGAGGGUCCGUGACAGUCAGAUGAGAGCGUCUUCAUCUCAGCGCACCGGCCUGGGCGCUCACAGAGGCCGCCUCAACAUACAAUCUGGUAUCGAGGACGGAGACAUAUACGAUGGCGGUUGGUGUGCGAGACAUGAAGACAAGAAUCAGUGGCUGGAGGUGGACGCACUUCACCUCACAAGAUUCACCGGAGUCAUUCUACAAGGAAGAAGCUCCAUCUGGAGCUGGAACUUUGUGGAAACCUACAAAGUGCAGUUGAGCAAUGACUCUGUGAAGUGGCAAACCUGCAUGAACGGCACCAAAGAGGCGAUAUUUGUUGGAAACCAGCACACAGAGAUCCCAGUUUUGGCCUUGCUCCCUGUUCCGACUGUGGCCCGUUACAUCCGGAUCAACCCCCAGACCUGGUACUCCAACGGGACCAUCUGCCUCAGAGCUGAGAUCCUGGGCUGUCGAGUCAGGGAUCCCUUUGAUAUCCAUAGUUCUCAGGAGGACCGUGCCUCCAAAGACAAUCUGGACUUCAGACAUCACGACUACCAAGCCAUGAGGACGCUCAUGAAGUCAGUGCAUGAAGAGUGUCCAAACAUGACCCGAAUCUACACCAUUGGCAGAAGUUACAAGGGUCUCAAACUGUACGUCAUGGAGUUUUCUGAUAAUCCUGGAAAACAUGAACUAGGUGAGCCUGAGUUCCGCUACGUGGCAGGGAUGCACGGGAACGAGGUCGUGGGACGAGAGCUGGUGCUGAACCUGAUGCAGUAUUUAUGUCGGGAGUUUAAAAAGGGAAACACACGCGUCGCGAGACUUAUUACAGAGACGAGGAUUCAUCUGUUGCCAUCAAUGAACCCUGACGGAUAUGAAGAGGCCUACGCGAAGGGCUCCGAGCUGGCUGGUUGGGCGGAUGGACGCUACAGCUACGAAGGAAUAGACUUGAACCACAACUUUCCAGAUCUGAACAACAUUAUGUGGAAUGCUCAGGAACGCGCACAGGAAAAGGCCCAGGAUAUAUCUAAAAUUCCCAACCAUUACAUCCCCAUGCCCGAGUACUACACCAAGGAGGACGCUAUGGUUGCCCCAGAAACCCGAGCUGUGAUCAACUGGAUGGAGGAGAUCCCGUUUGUGCUGAGUGCCAACCUUCACGGGGGUGAGCUGGUGGUCACGUACCCAUACGACUGCACUCGGGACUGGGCCCCACAGGAGGACACGCCCACUGCAGACAACGCUUUCUUCCGGUGGUUAGCGUCAGUCUAUGCCUCCACAAACCUGGUCAUGUCCAAUCCUGACCGCAGAGUGUGCCACUACGAGAACUUCCAACAGCACAAUAACAUCAUCAAUGGAGGAGCCUGGCACACAGUCCCUGGAAGUAUGAACGACUUCAGUUACCUCCACACAAACUGCUUCGAGGUGACGGUGGAGCUGUCAUGUGAUAAGUUUCCUCACGUCUCAGAGCUGCCGAUGGAGUGGGAGAAUAAUAAGGAGUCUCUGCUUGUGUACAUGGAGCAGGUUCACAGAGGAAUUAAAGGAGUGAUCAGGGACAAACAGAGCAGAAAAGGAAUUGAAAACGCCAUAAUCAAAGUGGACGACCAUGAACACGACAUCAGAUCAGCUGAAGGUGGAGACUACUGGCGCCUGUUAAAUCCUGGUGAAUAUAAAAUAGUGGUUUGGGCGCUGGGAUACUUCCCUUCCGUAAGACACUGUACUGUGGGGAUGGAGCCCCGUCCCACUCUGUGCGACUUCAGCCUCACCAAAACUCCAUCUGAAGUCCUGAAGCAGAUCAGAAUGAAGGGGGGUAAGAUCCCACAGGAUGUCCAGAUGCGGGUGAGGGCUCUGAGGUUAAAGAAGCUCCGCGCCAGCACCAAAGUCCUCAACCAGAGGAGAGAGGGACCCAGACUGAGGCAAAAGGCCCAAGGGAAAAGCAGGAAGGCCCGGUCUGCUUACAUAUGA